GAGGCCGAGCUGCCGCCGGGUCUCCGGCCUUGAGGGCUUGGGCUCGCAGCGGCGGCGGUGGCCGCAAGAAGAGGCGGCGGGGGCGGGGGGAGAGGAGGGCCUGGGCCCGCGCUCCCCCAGCCCCAGAGGAGCAGGCGGCGGCUGCGGACGGAGAGAUUCGCCCGGGCGGUCGGACACCCCUGCCGUACCCGCUUGGGAUCAUGACCCAGGCGGGGGUCGCCGCCGCCGCUGCCGCCGCGGCCGAGACCGCGCAGCCCGCGGUAAGAAGAAAACAUAACUUAUAGACCAUCUUCUGGCAGAAGAUGAUAGAUUUGGAUCAGAAACGGGAGGCGUUGGAAGCCAGGCAUCAAAAGUGAAGAAAUUUUGCAAGCCCUUGGGUUCCUAUCACUGUAAUCAUGCCAGAAAUGACAGAGAAUGAGACUCCUACCAAAAAACAGCACAGAAAGAAAAACCGGGAGACACAUAAUGCAGGGAGAAUAACAGACUUUGGCAGUGGUACCAUAAGGUUUGAUAAAUGGAUUUCCCCCCUAUCUAGUGGAGAGGCAUAGGAAGAAGAAAAUCAACGCCGGAAUAAACAGAAUAGGAGAGCUGAUCCCGUGCUCCCCUGCCCUGAAGCAGAGCAAGAAUAUGAUCCUGGACCAAGCCUUUAAAUAUAUAACAGAAUUGAAAAGGCAAAAUGAUGAACUCCUGCUUAAUGGAGGAAACAAUGAACAAGCUGAAGAAAUUAAAAAGCUACGUAAACAACUGGAAGAAAUUCAAAAAGAAAAUGGCCGAUAUAUUGAGUUACUGAAAGCAAAUGACAUAUGCCUAUAUGAUGACCCCACAAUCCACUGGAAAGGAAAUCUUAAAAACUCAAAGGUCUCUGUUGUUAUUCCCAGUGAUCAGGUUCAAAAAAAUAUCAUUGUUUAUUCCAAUGGGAGUCAGCCUGGUGGACAUAGCCAGGGAACAGCUGUUCAGGGGAUAACCUUUAAUGUUGGUCAUAAUUUACAAAAGCAAACUGCCAAUGUGGUACCAGUACAGAGGGCUUGCAAUCUGGUGACUCCUGUGUCUAUUUCUGGAGUUUACCCUCCUGAAAACAAGCCAUGGCAUCCGACCACAGUUUCUGCACUGGCUGCCAACCAGCCUGUUCCUCUUUGUCUUCCUGCUACCAUUUCUGCUCACAACAUUCUCGAGCUUUCCACCUCCGAAAGCGAAUCGAGUGUGCUUGGUGCCACCAGUGGCUCACUGAUCGCUGUUCCCAUUGGGCCUGAACCUCACCACCAUCGGUCCUUGCACACAUGUGUAAAUGAUCAAAAUUCUCCUGAAAAUAAGAAUGGGCAAGAGAGCCCCAGAUCAGUGAAGAAAACAGUCCCUGGUGCCACAAGCAUCCCCACCACCUCCUCGGCGACUGCCGCAAACGUGCACCAUGGAAGCAAGUCCUGCCCGAGCAUACAGGAUUUCAGAAAUGAUUUUCAAACCACCUUCGUCGUUUCAGUUACCACCACGGUCUGCUCCCAGCCUCCCAGGUCUGUAGGUGAUUCUUGUCCAGCGAGCAUUAGCAAGGGUGCAGACUUGGCAGGUGUUACCGCGGUGGUGGCCCCCUCUGCCCCCGGAGGAGGGAAGACCACCACUCCUGUAAGCACUCUCUCUGCAACCCCUUUGGACAGUAGUUGGACUCUUUCUUGUUCUUUGCCUUCUUCAAGUGUUAGCGCUUCAGAUUUAAAAAACAUGAAUAGCCUUACCCGAAUUUCCUCUGCUGGAAACACACAGACCACGUGGACUACUUUGCAACUGGCGGGAAAUACUAUUCAGCCCUUAACCCAGACACCUUCUUCUGCUGUGACUCCGGUAGUAAAUGAGUCUGGUCCCAGCCCUACCACAACCAACCAUGGUAGACACGUCGCUACAGGCGUCAACUUGAGUAAUUCCUUUCCAGCAGAUGGGCAGGCGGUUGAGCAAGUAGUUGUAACCUUGCCUUCGUGCCCGUCUUUACCUAUGCAGCCACUGAUUGCCCAACCACAGGUUAAAUCUCAGCCUCCAAAAAAUAUCCUUCCUUUGAAUUCAGCAAUGCAGGUUAUUCAGAUGGCUCAGCCCGUUGGGUCGGCUGUGAAUGCAGCGCCAGCUAAUCAAAAUGUUAUCAUUCUUCAGCCCCCCAGCACUACCCCUUGCCCAGCGGUGAUGAGAGCAGAGGUUCCCAACCAAACAGUAGGUCAGCAGAUAGUGAUCAUACAGGCAGCUAAUCAGAACCCCUUGCCACUCCUCUCGGCUCCACCUCCUGGUUCUGUUCGACUCCCUGUCAAUGGAGCCAAUGCUCUAAUAGGGUCUAAUAAUUCAGUGCAAAAUGUUUCGACCCCACAGACUUUUGGAGGAAAGCAUCUUGUCCAUAUAUUACCAAGACCUUCAUCUUUAUCAACAUCUAGUUCAACACAAACUUUUUCUGUUACCGUGUCAAACCAACAACAGCCUCAAACCAUUUCUUUAAAUGGACAGCUCUUUGCUUUGCAGCCUGUGAUGUCCUCAUCAGGAACUACAAAUCAAACCCCUAUGCAAAUUAUCCAACCCACCACCAGCGAAGAUCCAAAUACCAAUGUUGCCCUGAAUACGUUUGGAGCUUUGGCCAGCCUCAAUCAAAGCAUAUCACAGAUGGCUGGGCAAAGCUGUGUACAGUUGUCUAUUAGCCAGCCUGCCAAUCCUCCAACUGCUGCAAAUAGUCAGACCGCCCCAGUUAACUGUGUUUCGUUAACAACAACUGUAGCAUCUCCCAUGACAACGGAUAAUUCAGCCACACUACCCAGUACUUACAAUCUAGUAACUACUCCCUCAGUGAACACCGUAGCUUGUUUACCUAACGUGAAGUCAAAAAGGUUGAAUAAGAAGCCAGGUGCCAAGAAACACUUAGCAGCUAACAAGUCAGCGUGCCCCCUGAAUCCAGUCAGAGACGUGGGCAAGUUAGACUGCCCCAGCACUGAAGCCCCCGCAGAGCCAUCGUGUAAUGAUGGACUGCUGGAAAGCCGCCCUGUUGUGUUACCAUCUGUCGCCGUGUGCCAGGCAAAUAGCAUAAGUGUUUCUGGUUCACAUUCUGUGGAUGUUCUGAAUUCUGAAUCAGUGAUACCUGAAUCUGUACCCAGAUCUGCGUCAGCAGAAGAGACUAGCUCACCCUCCCAGGCAUCUGUAGCAAGUGAACAUUUUGUCAUGGCCCCAGCAAAAUCCAAAGAUUCUGCCCCCAUUUUGCAACGAGAGACAUCUCAGGAUAAGCCACCAACUAGUUUGGCAUUGUCAGAUGCUGCCAAAUCCUGCACUUCGGCCAACGUGUUGAUUCCAUCUCCAAGUGAUCCCCACACUUUGGUUUCUCAGGUUUCUGGUCUGUCAUCUACCGCUAGCACUGCAAAUACCGACUGUGUUUCCGAGGUAGAGAUCAUUGCUGAACCUUGCCGGGUGGAGCAGGAGUCAUCUGCUGCGAUGCAAACGACAGGUCUCUUAAAGGGGCAAGGUUUGACUGCACUGCUCUCUGGUCUCGCUAAAGAGAAAGACCCUCAGAAACUGUCUCUUUCAGUCCAGGUGGACCAUCCUGAUUUUUCUUCGGAAAAUUCUAAAAUAGUUGAUUCAGGUGUUGAUUUACAUCCCAAACGGGAGCUCUUAUUGAUGAACAGUGACGAUAGAGACCCGGGGCCGCAUCACUCCUGCGUCCCCGAUCCGGAGGUUAUCAGUGGUUCCUUGCUCGUCAGCAGGCAGGCCGACUCUCCCAUGUCAACCAGCUCCGGUAGCAGUCGUAGUUUCUCGGUGGCAUCCAUGCUUCCUGAAACGGCUAGAGAGGAUGUCACCAGCAGUACGACGACGAAUACGUGUGACAGCUGUACCUUUGUGGAGCAAACAGACAUUGUUGCUCUUGCGGCAAGAGCUAUUUUUGACCAGGACAGCCUGGAAAAGGGAAGAGCUGGCAGCCAGGCUGACAUGAGGGAAGUUACUUCGAAGCCUUCCGAAGGGCCACCUUUAGAGGGGGACCAGCCUUUCAAAGCACAGCUGUCUAAAGAGGGUGGUGCAGGACAGGCAGAAGCAACACCAAGUGAAUUUAAUUCUCAGGAUUCGAUUGAAGCCACAGUGGAUCGGCCCCUUGGGAAACCAAGUUGCUCUGUAGGAAUUAAAACAUCAAAUGCCUCUUUACAGGUUUCCACCUCUCAGCCACCGAGCAUCACCAGUUUGAGUGUGAAUAAUCUUAUCCACCAGAGCGGCAUCAGCCAUCCUCUGGUCAGCUGUGCCGGAAUGUCCCAAGCUUCAGAGCAAACGACUGUUCCUGCCACGGUUAACCUGACGGUGGCAUCUAGCUCCUAUACCAGUCAGCCUCCUGGGGCGCCUCUGAUGACUGAAUAUCCCCAGGAACAGCUGAAUACCAUUACUGGCACCAUCCCAAAUCCACAGAUCCAAGAGCCACUCUUAAAGCCAAGUCAGGAAAGCCGCAAAGACUCUGCUAAGCGUGCUGUCCAAGAUGAUCUUCUGUUGUCUUCAGCUAAACGUCAAAAGCACUGUCCGCCAGCCCCGCUGAGGCUUGAGGCUAUGUCCCUGAUGAGCCGAACUCCAGAUGGCAUUUCUGAUCAGGCUCAGAUGAUGGUCAGUCAGCUCCCUCCCGACUCUGCGAGCUCUGCAGUGCCUCUCAGCAACCCAGCACAUGGAGACGGCCUUACGCGAUUAUUCCCAGCUAGUAACAAUUUUGUGGCCUCUGCACUGAGGCCGACGGAAGUCCAGUGCACUUCUCAGAACUCGGUGGCUGAGCAGCAGCCAACACAGGCCAGUCAACAUCUCCAGGCCCUGCAACAGCAUGUCCCAGCCCAGGGGGUAGCCCACCUGCAUAGUAACCACCUCUACUUAAAGCAGCAACACCAAGCAGGGCAGUUACGAGAGAGGCAUCAUUUAUAUCAGUUGCAGCAUCACGUACCUCACGCUGAGAGCUCUGUCCUCUCUCAGCCCCAUAACGUCCAUCAGCAGAGGACUCUACAGCAGGAAGUUCAGAUGCAGAAAAAGAGGAGUCUUGUGCAGGGCACUCAGGCCUCUCAGCUUUCCUUGCAACCGAAGCACCACGGAACUGAGCAGCCCCGCCCCAAGAGUGGUCAGCCACAUCCCCACCAUCAGCAGAUGCAGCAGCAGAUGCAGCAACACUUUGGAAGUUCCCAGCCGGAGAAGAGCUGUGAAAACCCUUCAACUAGCCGGAACCACCAUAACCAUCCCCAGAACCAUCUCAGUCAAGAUAUGAUGCACCAGCAGCCGGAUGUUGGAAGCAGGCAGCAAGGUUCAGGGGUUUCUUCAGAACACGUAUCUGGGCACAAUCCGAUGCAGAGGCUUUUGACAUCGAGAGGCAUAGAGCAGCAAAUGGUGUCCCAGCCAACUAUUGUGACUAGACCUUCAGACAUGACGUGUACUCCACACAGGCCGGAGAGAAAUAGAGUUUCAAGUUACUCUGCUGAGGCCCUCAUUGGAAAGACAUCUUCUAAUUCAGAGCAGAGAAUGGGCAUAUCGAUUCAGGGUUCCAGAGUUUCGGAUCAGCUCGAAAUGAGAAGCUAUCUUGAUGUUCCCAGGAAUAAGAGUUUAGCCAUUCACAAUAUGCAGGGUCGCGUGGACCACCCUGUUGCCUCGGAUAUCCGCCUUUCUGACUGUCAGACAUUUAAACCAAGUGGAGCCAGUCAGCAGCCCCCGAGUAAUUUUGAAGUACAAUCGUCAAGAAAUAACGAAAUAGGAAACCCUGUAUCAUCACUGAGGAGCAUGCAGUCGCAGGCUUUUCGAGUUAGUCAAAACCCCGGUGCACCACCAGUCGACCGCCAAAAGAGGUUACCUUAUCCACCAGUUCAGAGUAUCCCAACAGGAAAUGCCAUCCCACCGAGGGACAGUGAAAAUACAUGCCACCAGAGUUUCAUGCAGAGCUUACUUGCCCCUCACCUUGGUGAUCAGGUCCUUGGAAGCCAGAGAUCACUCUCAGAACAUCAGAGGAACACACAGUGUGGUCCGUCCUCUGCAAUUGAAUAUAAUUGUCCCCCAACUCAUGAAAGUGUCCAUAUUAGAAGAGAGAGUGAGAGUCAGAACAGGGAAAGCUGUGACAUGUCCCUGGGUGCAAUUAACACCAGGAACAGCACCUUGACUAUUCCUUUCUCAAGUUCUUCUUCUUCAGGAGAUAUUCAAGGUCGAAACACAAGUCCCAAUGUUUCUGUACAGAAGUCCAAUCCCAUGAGGAUAACUGACAGUCAUGGGACCAAGGGCCACAUGAACCCUCCAGCCACAACCAACAUGCAUGGCGUUGCAAGGCCAGCUCUGCCCCAUCCGUCCGUGUCUCACGGAAAUGCUGAGCAAGGGCCUCCUGUACGUCCCACUAAUUCUUCAGUUCCCCAGCGAUCGAGGCAUCCCUUGCAAGACAGCAGUGGUUCCAAAAUUCGUCAGCCUGAAAGGAAUCGUUCUGGAAACCAAAGACACAGUAAUGUCUUUGACCCGAGUCUUCCCCAUCUUCCUCUGUCUACUAGUGGUAGUAUGAUUCUUGGACGCCAGCAGCCCCCUACAGACAAGAGAGGAAGUAUUGUUCGUUUCAUGCCCGAUAGCCCACAGGUACCUAAUGAUAAUUCAGCGCCUGACCAGCAUACACUAUCACAAAAUUUUGGUUUUCCUUUUAUUCCCGAGGGUGGCAUGAAUCCACCGAUAAAUGCUAAUACUUCUUUCAUUCCACAGGUUACUCAGUCUAGUGCCACUCGAACGCCAGCCCUCAUCCCUGUAGACCCCCAAAAUACUCUACCCUCCUUCUAUCCCCCGUACUCUCCUGCUCAUCCUACACUGUCCAAUGAUAUUUCCAUCCCCUAUUUUUCCAAUCAGAUGUUCUCAAAUCCUAGCACUGAGAAAGUAAACAGCGGAAGCCUAAAUAACCGAUUUGGAUCAAUUCUGUCUCCUCCCAGACCUGUCGGUUUUGCUCAACCAAGUUUUCCUCUGCUCCCUGAUAUGCCGCCAAUGCACAUGACCAACUCUCACUUGUCCAACUUUAACAUGACAUCUUUGUUUCCAGAAAUAGCUACAGCUCUUCCUGAUGGCUCGGCAAUGUCACCUUUGCUUACGAUAGCAAACUCCUCUGCUUCUGACUCUUCCAAGCAGUCCUCAAACAGACCUGCCCACAACAUAAGCCAUAUUUUAGGUCAUGACUGCAGUUCAGCUGUUUAAAUACUGAUAGACUAAAUGUACAUGUAUCAGCUGAGACUACAAAUGUGUUUGUGUGUGCAUGCACACGUAAUGCACAUGGAGCAGGAGAUCGUGUGUGUGUGUGUGUGUGUGUGUGUGUGUUUGUAUAAUCAAUUUCCAGUUACCUUCUGAAUGUAGGGAAGUCACGCCAGAGAUGAUGCGAAUCAUGGGUUGUCAAAAACAAAUUAUCUUUCAUUUUUAACUGCACAGUGUGCUUUUUAAAUUUUCUGAGGAGCUAGAUUUUCAAGUUUGAUUUGUAAUCUUAUAUUCCCUAAAUGCUAAUCAGCUGGAAGUUGGGGGAGAUCCUUUUGGCAUGUGCUGGGUAGUAGUAGGAAAGAACCUAGAUUUUAAACUUGAUUGUUGAUCAUUUAUAAAGUAGAUACUUGAGAUAGUUGAAUUGCUCUCCCAAAAAUCCAGAUACUUCGAUACAAUGUAGUGGCUCAGCACCAAAUGCUUGGCCAAUGUCAGCAUCUAGAACAGUUUCUUACCCAUGGCAGGUGUUGAAUUAAUAUGGAAUGAAUGUCCAUGGUUAAAGUCAAGCCGUUAGCAAAUAAAUGAGUUGUUUAAUCAGCCUUCAUUCCCAAGGUUUGGUUUAGGUAGAGGCUUCUUUCUUAAUUAUAACAAUUCUUCAAUUAUCUGAACUUAAUGUCUUGUUCUUCACAUUAGAGAGCCAUUUUAUCUUUUAAUUGUGCCAAGAUCCUAGAUGUAAAGGUCUUCCUUACUUAGCCUUAAAAAUAGCAAUCUAAAAAGCAAAGUACAUAGACGUUCUCCAUUUUGUGCUUGCAUUUUGCAUCAGGUCAUAAGGAUAAAAGCAGUUGUAUUGCAGAGUUUGGCUUGUGUUCAGUUAAAGAUUGUUGUUUCAUCAAUUGAAUUUUGUUUUAGUGUUCUCUCUUCAUUCUGUUCAUUUGAUCCUGAAAUAAUUUCUGUUAUAUUUGUUUAAUCAUUAGGGACUGCUCAGUAAAUAGUGUGUUUGGAAUCUACACAAUUAUUUGAGCCUUACUUUUUAAAUAUUUCUGAGCAGAGUCUUUAAGCUCUGUCAGUAUUUUCACUUACUGAUAUUUAUAUUUAAAAUAUGGCAUUAUAUGUUACAUUAUUACCCUUCAUAGUAGAAUUA